AUGCUGGAGCCAAUUAUCGACUGCGGGCACACUUUCUGCAAAACGUGUAUUAGUAGGGUGCAACAAAACCCAACUACCAGCCAUUGCCCCCUUUGUAAAAAGCCUAUAUGGAGCUCCACACAACUGAAGACAAACUUCACCCUCAAAAAGCUUGUGGAGAAGAUCGAGGUAAAAUGUACAGCGUGCAACGAGAGGGGGAGCAUCGAAGUGGUAGCACGGCACACCUGCCCCGAUGCCCUCAUAUCCUGUUCGAAUAGGGGCUGCCAACGCAGUAUUAAAAGAAAGGACGAGCCGACCCAUAAGGAGGAAUGUCUCUACGCAGUCAUCUCAUGUGAACAAUGCCACCAGAAUACCACCGUGGCCAACAAGGAACUUCAUCUUGAAAAGACUUGCCCAAGGGGAGAAAUCCGUUGCCCUCUAAAAUGCAGGAAGCGUCCGAGAAGGAUGGAGUUGCAAACCCAUCUGCUUGUCUGCGAGGAGAGGCAGCGACAAUGUAGAGUCAAUGGAUGCCAUUUUGCUGGGAAUUUUAAGGAGAUGGAGCAACAUAACAAGGAGCAAGCAGAAAAGCACGUGUCACUUCUGACAGAGAUGGGUGAAAAGCUCUUAGACGUAUUACUUAAAAAGGACACGAAUGACCUGACCAAGACAAAAAUGGCACUCGGAGGUUUCUGUUGGUCCAUCUUCAACUUCAAACAAAUGGCAGCAGAUAUGCUACAAGCCGGAAACACUGCAGAACCGAUGGCCAGCGGAGUUUACCAAUUUGAAGAGUGUUCUGCUCUACUUUUCCUGGCACUCUCUGUGACUUAUCAAAUUCAACCAUCAACGCGGGCAUUCCCAAUAGAUUGCCAAAAGAACACUGCAUUCUGUUUGAAAAAAAUAACGAGGGACGUCACCCAAGUUCAGGAGAACAAAACGGCAUUGGCGAGAUCUAAGAACUGUGUUGAGCUCUACUAUUCCGGUCAAAGGAUCAGCGGUGUUUACACAAUCGACCCAGAUGGCUCAGGUGCCUUUAAUGUCUAUUGUGACCAAACUACUUCCGGUGGGGGAUGGACAUUCUUCCAGAAGAGAAUGGACGGCUCCAUUGAUUUUAACCGCACCUGGAAUGACUACAAAUAUGGCUUCGGUAACUUGCUCAGUGAAUUUUGGCUCGGACUGGACAAAAUAAACCGUCUGACACAAAACAAAGCCAAGAGCAUGCUUCGAAUAGAUCUGGGGGUAACUACGCGCCAAACUGUUCACGUUGAGUAUGAAUGGUUUGGGAUUGGGAACACGACGGCUGACUACCGCCUGCACAUUGGUAAUAUGACGAAUGCAACUGCUUCCUUUGAUUCCCUCAAUCCUCACAAAGAUCUCAUUUUUGGUACCUGGGAUAGAGAUCCUGCCCAUUGUGCUCAAAAAAGAGGCGGAGGCUGGUGGUAUGGCAACAGUAGUGCUUGUGCUGUUUGGUCGAAUCUCAACGGAAUUUAUCCGCAUUGUCGAAAGGAAACCUGGGCCGAUAUCCAUUGGGGAAAAUUAGAUCCAAACAGUCCCGAGGGCAGCGCCCCCACAUCAACUGAAAUGAAAAUUAGACCAGUGGAUUUUUUUCAAAACUCUCUGACAGGAAAGUGUUCUUGUAAAUAG